GUGAUCUCCUACGAGCUGCAUUUAGAGUUCUAUUUUUUUUGCAAGAACUUGCGCUUGAAAGUAAUAAAAGAACAAUUAAAAAGCAAUUCUUAGAAGAUGAUGAGCAAUCCUUAGAGGGUGAUAAGAUUGAUAAAAAAUUACCAAGUAUCGUACAACAUCAUCUAGAUCAAAAUAAGUCCAUUUCAAAGUCCAUUAACAUACGAGAGAUCACGAAAGCAUCAUCGAAAAUGGAUAGCGUGGAAAUUCCGAUGGAGUGA